AUUCCUCCUAAAUCCUCCAAUCUCUCAUCUAGGAAAAAGAUCGCCAAAAUUUCACGUGCCAUCAAACCACCCUUAAGAUAAUGAAAAUUGUCAGAGCUUGUACAAACGGAUCGAUUGAACAAAUAGACGGUAAUCAACACACAUUCAAGAUAAUUAAGGUGCGAGCUUCGCAGUUCAGCAUUCGCUUUCGUGGAAAAAUGAAGCUGGUAGUCGCAAAAAUUUCGGCUGCUGCCACCCUGGGUGUCGUUAGGUUUUCUAUGGUUUAUUGUCCAAUCAAAAUAUUCAACAUCAUCCAUGGAAGUGACAAAAUGAGCGAUGACUGUCUAUUGGACCCGAAACGGCAAAAAAGAUAUGGAUUCUAUAACGCCAUAUUUCAUUCCUUCGGUGCUGGCGUGAUGCUGUGUACGUGCCUUAUACAUUUAGUAACUAGUGUACAUUCCGCUAUCUCGAAUGAAAUCGAAGGAGACGUAGCGGCAAGCAGCCAAUAUUCUCAGUUCCUCAUAUGCUCUGGGUUCUUCAUGAUAUACUUCCUAGAGGAACUCGGACAGUGGAUCAUCGCUAAAGUUCCUGCGAAACCUUUCGUUUCCAAUCCGGAAUAUUCAGCGUCUGUUGGCAGCAGAAGCGAAACAGUGAUAACCAGUAUUAGCAAUCACUUGGAAUGUUGCCAAAAAUCGAAACCAAUAGAAAUUACUCAAACUAUUGAUGUUGAAAUGUCAUCUGAUUCCAAAACUGCAAUAGUGGUUAUAGAUGCAAAAAAUUUUGUUAGAUUCCUAUUUACAGAAGUGGCUGUUGGUGUUCAUGCUUUUUUCGAAGGAUUAGCAAUAGGACUUCAGUGCCAAGUACUCAACAUAGCCUACUUGUCAAUUGGCAUGACGAUCCACUCUAUCACAACUCUCACUUGUUUAGGAUUCAACUUUAUAAUAGCGAGGACACCCAGAAGGAUCAUUCUCGGGCAUUAUGCAGUACUGGCUCUCACGACUCCUCUUGGUGUUAUUGUAGGAAUGCUCGUGAAUCUGGCGGACUUAAACUUCCAAGAAAGGGAAAAAAUCAAUGCAUUUAUGGAAGCUUUAUCAGCUGGAAAUAUUCUAUACAUAACUUUCUUCGAGGUCCUUUCAAAAGAGAAGAAAAAGCAAUGCAACAAAUUCUUCAGAAACCUAUCCAUGCUGAUCGGCUUUUCUUUGAUGUGUUACCUGGAGUAUUACCAGUUCAGAGAUGCACACAAGUUCAAAAAGGAUAAAGUUAUCAAUCACACCAAUGGGAUUUCAUGAUCUGGGACACUCUCUCCUCCAAUUUAUAAGUCUGGUGUUUAUUUCUCAGUCCUCGUGAAUAUGAUGACGAUUAUGAGCUCACUCGUUGUUUAUUGAAUUUUGUUGUGCACUUUAUUGUAGAAUUGGUUCGCUUCACAAUAAACUUUCAUAUUUAUACUUCGA